AUGAAAGCCUGGUCCUUCCUUGAGCUGUGGAAAACCUCUCAUUCAACUCUGUUCCAAAUGACCUUGGCCACUGUUCUGAUGGCUCCUGUUCUUGGUGAUUGUGGACCUCCACCCAGUUUGCCGUUUGCUUCUCCAAUCAACCAGUUGUAUGAGACAACCUUCUCAUCUGGAACUGUUCUGAAAUAUGCCUGCCAUCACGGCUUCAAGAAAAUCAACAUAAGCCAUCUUGUUUGUGAUGAAAAUGGUUCGUGGAUCUAUACUGUCUUUUGUGCCAAGAAACGAUGCAGAAACCCAGGCGAGUUGGUCAAUGGGAAAAUAGAUAUUACGACUGAUCUUUUCUUAGGUUCAACCAUAGAGUUCAGCUGUGCGAAGGGGUAUCUUUUGAUUGGCUCAACAACUAGCCGGUGUGAGGUCCAAGGUAAAGGAGUAGACUGGAGUGAUUCUCUCCCAGAAUGUGUAAUUGUCACGUGUGAGUCCCCUCCAGAAAUCAGCAAUGGGAAGCACAGUGGUAGAGAGGAAGAUCUUUAUACAUAUGGCUCCUCAGUCAUCUACAGCUGUGACACUGGCUUCACUCUCCUUGGCAAUGCCUCCAUCAUCUGCACUGUGGUGAACAGAACAGUAGGUGUUUGGAGUCCAAGCCCUCCUGCCUGUGGAAAAAUCGUCUAUAAACAGCCACAGAUUCCAGUGGGAGACUUGGUCCCUGGAUUUCAACAUGUCUAUACUUAGAAAGACUCUGUUGAGAUUAGAUGCAAGAAGGGUUAUGUUCUCAGAGGCAGUAUCUUAAUCCAAUGUGAAGCUAAUAGUCAGUGGUAUCCUGUCCUUACUUGUGAAUCUAGUGGUUGUACUGGCGUACCAGAUAUUCCUUAUGCUUCCUGGGAGGGCAAUAAGCUUGCUUUAAGAAAUUUUCAAAUGUUUGAAAUUGGGACCAAAUUGAAAUUCCAGUGCAAACCUGGAUACCAAUCGCCACCCAAUGACCCCCAGACUGUGACUUGUCAAGAGAAUCUGAUGUGGACACCUACCAAGGGCUGUGAACGGAUAUGUUGCCCAAUACCAAAUAUGGAGAAAAUCAAAAUUGUAAGUGAAAGGAGAGAUUUCACUGGUAUGUGCACCUAUGCCUAUGGAGACUAUGUUUUCUAUGUUUGUGGUGAAGGUUCUUCCCCUACCUCUACUGAUGGAAGAAGUUCAUGUCAGGAAAAUGGAAAGUGGGACCCUGCAAUACCAUCAUGUCAGGCAGAUAUCCCUAGCAUGCAAAACAGUCCUGCUGUUACCCUACCAAGCUUUGCAGAAACAAACUCAAGCAUUAAAUAUAUAUCUGAAAAUGAAGAAAGCACAAGGUAUGUUCCCAUUAAAGCUGUGUGCCCCAAACCGGUGAUCUCAAAUGGAAACCUGUCUGUGGAGAAAGCUCAAUAUGCUGAAAGGGAAAACAUCACUGUUCGUUGUGAUACUGGAUAUACCAUAGUUGGUCCCCCAAACAUCAUUUGUUCGGAAAACAGAACAUGGUACCCUGAGAUACCCAACUGUAAAAUGACGGUCCUGGAACACUGCAGACCAGUGACUGAAGGCAGAAAACGCUUGCAAUGCUUCUCAAACCCAGAAGAUGUGAAAAACGCCCUGGAGGUGUACAAACUGUUCCUGGAGAUCGAAAUAUUAGAAAGGGAGAAAGAGAAGUGGACACGAACCCACAGGAAACCUUGGAAAUAUGUUAAAAUUAAGGGGCCAUUCAGGCCUUUUGGUUAA